AUGCCAAAUCUCUCCACCUCCCAAAUCCCACCACUCCUCCUCCUCCUUCUUCUACUACUCACCACUCCUUCCGCCUCCAACGCCGCCACCGACACUUCCGCGGCCGUCGACACCCUCACCCUCACCUCCCCCCUAUACGACGGCCACACCCUCCUAUCUCCUUCCAAAACCUUCGCCCUCGGCUUCUUCACUCCCACCAACUCCAACUCCGGUCGCCGCUACAUCGGCAUUUGGUACCACAACAUCCCCAACCAAACCGUCGUAUGGGUCGCCAAUCGCCGAAACCCUCUCAUCACCCCAAACGGAACCCUAAGCCUAACCCCAAAUGGAACCCUUCUCAUCUCCAGCGCAAACCCAAACUCCUCCAUCUUCUGGUCAUCCAAGCCCGGACGGGCUGCCAUCGACCCUGUGGCCCGACUCCUCGACUCCGGCGACUUCAUCGUCGAAGACAAAGACGGGUUCCUAUGGCAGAGCUUCGAUCACCCGACGGAUAAGCUUCUUCCCGGUAUGAAGCUGGGUUGGGAUAUCGCCAGUGGGAUUAAUAGAAAUCUCACGGCGUGGGCGAGCCCGUAUGAUCCAACGCCGGGGAAGUAUAGUUUGUUCAUCGACCCGCGGGGCGACCCGCAGCUUGUUCUUGCCGAUGUGGGUAAUUGGGUUUGGCGUGGCGGGCCGUGGAAUGGCCUUAGCUUUUCGGGCUGCCCGGCGGAGGCUUCGGCUGGUGCUACGCUGGGCUUUGGGCUUAGAUUCGUUUGGAAUAAGGCGGAGAUGUCGUAUAUGUUCGACGUCGCCGAUCGGCCUGCGCUCUCCUAUGUUUACGCUGAUAGCGCCGGCGUGGCGGCGCGGUGGAACCUCUACUGGGAAGCUCCGCAGGACCCCUGCGACUACACCGGCGUCUGCGGCUCAUACAGCAUAUGCAAGGCCAACAACACCCCGCUCUGCAGCUGCUUAACUGGUUUCACGCCGUCGGAUCCGGCCAGCUGGGCUUUCAGAGACGGAUCCAAAGGUUGCAAGCGAACCACGGGCUUGGAUUGCACCAACGGCACUGAUGGGUUUCUUGUGAUUGACGGAGCGAAGCUGCCGGACACGGCGGAGGCGACGGUGAACAUGAGCAAGGGACUGGAUGAGUGCAGGCAAUGGUGUUUGACGAAAUGCUCCUGCGCGGCGUACGCGAGCGCGAGCGUCAGCGCUGGCGGGGUUGGGGUCGGAUGCGUUAUAUGGAAUGGGGAAGUAAGGGAUCUCAGAGUGUUUGCGGAAGCUGGACAGAAGCUGUUUGUGAGGUUGGCUGCCGCUGAUAUGCCUAUUACAGCAAAUAAACGCUCUCCAAUUAGUACCCUGACAAUAUUUGAGAUAACGAUCUGUUGUAUCUCUGUUGCUGCGUUGAGCAUCGCAGUGAUGCUCUGUAUUUGGAAAUAUAGGAGCAAAAGGAAACAAAGCACCUGCAUAUGUGCUCAUUUAGAUGACAGCGUCUACAAGAAAGUUAAUACUGGAGAAACAGAAAUAGCUGAGCUUUUUCUUUUUGAAAUGGAUAUCAUCAAAGCUGGAACCAACCAUUUCUGCAACGAAAACAAGCUUGGAGAGGGUGGAUUUGGUCCUGUUUAUAAGGGAAAACUUUGUGAAGGGCAGGAAAUAGCAGUAAAAAGGCUUUCUAAGACAUCAACACAAGGGAUUAAUGAGUUUAAGAAUGAGGUGACUUUGAUUGCAAAGCUUCAACAUAGGAAUCUGGUUCGCCUUCUAGGUUGUUGCAUUGAAGGAGAGGAAAGGCUGAUAGUAUAUGAGUACAUGCCGAAUAAAAGCUUGGAUGUAUUUCUAUUUGAUAAACAGAGAUGUGUUCUGCUGGACUGGCAAACUCGUUAUCGCAUAAUCUUAGGCAUUGCUCGUGGAUUGCUCUAUCUCCAUGAAGAUUCAAGGCUUACAAUUAUACACAGGGAUCUCAAGGCUAGUAACAUUCUUCUUGACAAUGAGAUGAAUCCAAAAAUCUCAGAUUUUGGGAUGGCAAGGAUCUUUGGUGGACAUGAGACAGCAGUAAAUACGGCCAAAGUAGUUGGUACAUACGGAUACAUGUCUCCUGAGUAUGCAAUGGAUGGCAUCUUCUCCGUUAAAUCAGACGUGUUCAGCUUUGGAGUUUUGGUAUUAGAAAUCAUAAGCGGGAGGAGAAACAGAGGGAUAUAUACCAUUGAGAAACAUUCAAACCUUGUUGGGGAGGCAUGGAGCUUAUGGAAUGAAGAGAAGGAGCUGGAACUCCUUGAUGAUUCCAUUAGGCAUUCAAUCUCAAUGAUAGAGGUUUCCAAAUGUGUAAAGUUGGCUCUCCUUUGUGUUCAGGAACAACCAGAAGAUCGGCCAUCAAUGUCCUCUGUUGUUCUUUUGUUGUGCAGUGAUAUUGCUUUAUUGCCAAAUCCAAUACAACCUUGUUUUUUAACACCUAGGAAUUCGAUUGGUGAACCGGGGAGAAAGGAUUCAGGAACUUCAAGUGAUAUCACAUGCAGUAUUGAAGGCCGAUGAGUACGAAGUAGAAACUAUCCAUUUUAUUGUUGAUAAUUAUUUUGUAACAUAGGCGUAUGAAAUGUUGAUGAAUACUCUAUUCUUGCAAAGUUGGUUCUCGAUUUGUUUGUUUA